UAAAAGCGGGAAUCUGCUCUAUUAUCUCUCUGUUCCAAUAUUUCCAAACAAUUUAACACGACAUAGUGUAACAGAUGAUGAAAUGACGCUGUAAUAAGUGAUUUUGCUAGUUAACUAAAUUAAGCCAUAUUUAGAUUUUUUGGCUGACUAUCCUUACACUUUUCCAAAUUAUAAAUCUGUUUAGUAAUAAAACAAUGCAUUUACUACUAAUAAAGAUGAUCAUAAAAAAAAUAUUUAAAUUUGAUGGGUUUUGAUUCCUGACAUUCGUUUUUUAUUAGGAGACAGAAAUACAUCCAAUCAAUAGUCACCACAGCAUACAAAUGAGUUUCCUUCUUUUUUUUUCUUUGCCUUUGGGGUUCCAUUGCAUGUAAAAAUGGUCAGUCAAUACCUUAAAGUGUAUUUCACUUUUUAUAAGUUUAGAAACUUAAAAAAGCAUCAGGUCUUUUAAACAGGAGGUGACAGGGGGUUUGUUUGAGCUUUUACAUUGUAAUACUAUACAUCUGCAUGCAAUAACUGAAGUAAAGGCAACAACAUCAGUCACAUUUUGAGUGCAACUAGUUCAUUUUAAAAGGUAAUUAGGGAUCAGGGAUCCAAAGUGAUAUUGAGAGUCUUGGACAUAGCAUUUAAAAAAAGAGGACUAAGCUGUUAGCUUAGGGUAUGAAUAAAACAUUUGGGUAUGAUCACCAGGUGAGGAAGAGAACCCAUUACAUGAUAUUCCAGACAUUCCUAUACAAAGCCUAUUAGUCUAGGCUACUUGGGAAUAUUAAUAUUACAACUCGUUUUAGUAGCGUACCCAAGCAUUGCAAAUAGAAUGUUGAAUUCUGUCAUUUUGUUUAAAUACAAGUUUUUCUUUAGCUAGCCAUUUCAGUACAAGUUGAACGAUCACAAAGCUAGCCAAUGAAACUGCAGCAAUUCAGUCCUCCCACCCUUUUCCAGCUUUUCUGAUUUGCUGAUGUCAGUUUUAUGCUCACAAAGUGAAAAAAGCAAACAUUUAGCAAUUUUCCCCAUGGAAAUGGAUAGGACAUCAUGUUUAUUCAACAACAGUGAAAUAAAUCAAUGAAAAUGUGUUGAAAGGCAUUUAUAAUGAAAAUUUAGUUUCAGUAGAAUUUUUUUUUGCUUUCACAAAUAUAUGAGUGUAUAACUCUUAUAUCUGAAAAGUGGACAAAAUUCAAAAUUGUUGUUUCUAUUUUUCUUGUGUGUACAUUGGUUAAUAAACAUUGUCUAUUUGAUAUAUUUUCUUCUGCCUUAUCUUUGGAGUUUGAGCCAGGGUCUUGAAACCCACUUCGGGAGGCAAGUAAAAAUAUAACAACUACUAGCCCAACAACACAGCAGAGUCUCAUUUGUGUUGCAGCAGCUCUGUUCUGGGGCCAGGGGGCUAGAGGCGGAGCUAAGAUUGUGAUUGGCUCGUGGUGACGAAAACCUGCCAUACAUACAUAUUAAGUUGCGAUAAAAGACCUGUGCAGUCCAGAAAUUGCAGCUGUUGUGCAUAUAUACAAAAAGGUAAACGCAAUAACUAAACCUGCAGGAAAGACAGUGGCAAUAGUUGCUCUAUAUGUAAUACGCCCUACAGUAAGAUAUAUACAGAGAGAGGGAGAGAGAAGAAAUCCCGCAAGUUUCCCUUAAAAUGAACGCAGUCGAAUGGAUCGAAUCUUUCAUCCGAGCCUUCAUGUGCCUCCUGGGAAUUCUGGGGAACAACUGGCUGGCCAUCCGUUCCUUACCUAGCAGGAUGUCCCAAAUCCGGACCAACGACGCCCUCUUCAUCAACCUGGCCACCUCCAACCUCAUCACAAACUACUUCGUGGACCUGCCCGACACCAUGGCGGACUUUGCCGACAAUUGGUUCAUGGGGAGGACCUACUGCGGCGUGUUCCUGUUCUGCGCGGGCCUGUCCGAGACCAGCAGCAUCAUCUCCACGCUGCUGAUCAGCAUGUAUUGGCACCAGAAGCUGGUGGGGUCCCUCCGGCGCGGGACGGCGCCCGUCCGGCUGGACAGCCUGCGCCUGGUGGCCUCCCUGCUGUCCGGAGGCUGGGGCGUGGCCCUGGUCUUCAGCAUCCCCCACUUCUUCUUCGUCGCCGCGGAAACGGGGAACGAGAGCCUGGCGGACUGCGCGGAGAGCUUCCCGUCCCCCGUGGCGCGGCAGACGUACGAGGUGAUGUACCUGACCCUGGCCAACGCCGUGCCCAUCGCCGGCAUGGUCUUCUUCUCCAUCCAGAUCGUCAUCACGCUCCUGCGCCACCAGGCGCGCAUCGUGGCCAUGAACUCCGAGAGCCACGGCAAGGAGGAGCAAGCGGAGUCCGGGUCGAGGCGCGGAACCGACGGCGCCGCCGCCGCGCGAGGCAAAGGACCCGCGGGCGCCCCGGUAAGUUCGUUGACGGCGGGCGACGACGGACCUCAAUCACCCGACGCUCAGCCCGCCACUCUCCCCAUUCCAGUGAAGGGUACGGUUCAGGGGGACGCCAAGGAGGCCCCGUCUUCCAAGCCCGCCAAGGCCGCCGGCAGCCACGGCAACCAGGUGAGGGCGGCGAAGAGCGUGGUGGCGGUGGCCACCGUGUUCCUGGUGUGCUGGGUGACUCACCUGCUGCUCCGCAUCACCAGCAACGUCAAGAGGUCCUCGCUCGUGGUGGAGGUGGCCAGCUACAUCGCGGCGUCCUACACCUGCAUCAUCCCCUACAUCUUCCUGUACGGCGUCAAGAAGCUGUCCUGCUCCUGCAGACGGUAAUGGAGAACCGGUCGCCCUCGCCUUGCCAAUACGUUUGGGCUAAUAUGAAGAUUCAUGUCAUUCGGAGGAUGAUUAUUUUUUUAAACCGUGUGACUGUAUUAGUACUGUUAGCCUGUGAAAAAUCAAAAGGUAAAUUUUUGGUGACAUUUUAU